AUGGGCCGCGACCUCCAGAAGCGCAAGCGGCGCUCCUCGCGCCCCACCAUGCGCCAGCCAACAUCGACGAAGUCCAACCGACUGCUGAACCCGCUGGGCAACAGCAUCGUUGCGAAGAACUGGAACAAGAACGAAACAACAACGCAGAACUACCGCCGACUGGGCCUGAUGUCCCGCCUGAAGGCGCCAACCGGCGGCGUAGAACCGCGCUUGCAGCCCACCAAGUCCCAGCAGAGCAACGACGACACGCAAAAAGCAAAGAAGCUUUCCACAAAACCCACCGACCCCUUCGCCAUCAACCCGGCCGGCAGCAUCGCCGCCGUCGUCAGCGAGGCGCGCGUCGAGCGCGACGAGAGCGGGCGCAUCGUGCGCGUGAUCGAGGACCCGUCUCUGAUAAAGCGGCGGCGCGCAAACCCGCUCAACGACCCGCUCGUGGCGUUGGAUUCGGACUACUCUGACGCCGAGAUCUCCAACUCCGGAAGGGAGGACAGGGCCGCCGAGGAAUGGGGCGGUAUCGACGAGGAGGACGGAGAGGGAGAGGGCAAUGCGAUCUUCAGGCAGCUCGCGGCGGAGGCCAACCGGCCGGUCGAGAAGAAGCCCCGCGGGCAGAGCACGCGCGAGGUCGAGUGGCUGGAGCGGCUGACGGAGAGACACGGCGCUGACACGAGGGCGAUGGCGAGGGAUCGGCGGCUGAACCCCAUGCAGCAGACCGAAGCCGAUAUAUCGAAGCGGAUUCGGAAGUGGAAGGGGGAGGCUGCGGCGUAG